AUGGCACCUCCUCCACCUUUACCACCUCCAAAGGAUUAUUCUUCAACCUCAACUUCAUUUUUAUCACCACAUUCACAUUCACAUUCCUCAUCAGCAUCAGCUAGAUCAAGUAUAAAUAGUAAAUACGUUGAUCAAGAUCUAGCAGAAGCCGUUAGAAAUUCAGUACAGAUCAAAACACCAAGACCCGUUUCUACCUCUGCUCAGAGCGGAAGAGGUUUGGGAUCGCGUAGUUCAAAUUCGAAUUUACAUACAAAUUCAAUCUUACUUGAUACUGGAAUUACCAGUACGACUAAUGGAUCAACAAUAUCAUCCAGUAAACAACCCCCGUUACCCUCAUUAAAUCCUCUUAUACCCAGAAGAACACCUUCACCUAAUAUAAUACCUCAACAGAAUUCCCAAUCUCAAAACAUGAAUACGUUUCAACCUACACAUCAUUAUUCACAAUCAUCUCCUGAUAUGUCAUCAGUCUCUCAACAACCUUCUUUACCUUCAACGAGGAUGAAAGAAAUGGUUCCUCAGAACCCAUUCGAAGAUGAUGAGAUUGAACCUACAGGUAAUGGUAGGAUUAAACCUCCAGGAAGCGGUCAUGUACCAAACAGAUCUUUCGGAGGUACAUCGUUAGAAAGUGACGGCACGAUUCAACCCAAUAGAACUAAAUUCAAUAGAUCACAAACUGGCACCAUCGCUGCAACCUCAUCAUCCUCUCAUCUCCUUGGACCCACCUCUCCAAGCAGCGGAUCAACUAAGACCAGGACUAGACGUUCCAUGUCAUCGGAUUCGUAUGGUUUCAAUCAGGAGAUGCCAGUCAUCAAAGAAUUGACCGCUGGUCAAAGAAAGGCGUUGGAAGAUAAGAAAGGAAGUAGACAUGCAGAUGUCAUUGAUACUUGGGAUCCGACAGGUUUAGGGACAGCUAUGUGGCAUCACGCUGGACCAUAUGACGCUGCUGCCCCCUCUCGUAACACGAAUCUGCCGGUCAGCAAAGCCCCUAUGCAAGCUUUCCGGGCUCCUCCUGUCCAAUCACCGCCUCCCAAAGGCCCAACAACAAUCUCGCUUUCUUCCCCACCUGUACCACCUGCCAAAGACGUCCCAGUCGAGCAAUCAGACAAACCCGCUCAUCGAAGGGGCCAAUCAGGUAAUCGGAUCGGUGCUCCAGCGGCCAGUCGUCGAGUGAGUGGCGGAGGCCUUACAGGUCAAUAUUCCACUAGUAUGCCUUCAAGCGGAGGUUACUUCCCCAAUAUGGGCGGAGUUCCGCAAGACGAAGCUUCUUUCGCUAGGAUGGAAAGACAAAGGGAAAGAGAUGCAAAGAGACAAGCUAUAAAAGCAGCCUGGGGUAUCGACACGCCCGAACCGUACGAGGACUUCGGUGGUUCCCCAAACGAUGGAACAGUUGAUUUGGCCGACGAUUUCUACUCACCUGAAUCCAUCAGUGCUCCUCUCCCUGGCAAACCUGCUCGAUCUCCAGGACUUCGAUUUGGACUUGGUCCAGCAUCACCUCCUAUCAGAGAUGAAGGUAGCACUUCCCCGACUGGGGAAUUCCCACCUGUUGCAAAUCGAUCUGCAGGUCCUGGAGGCGUCAAGCGAACCAAAAGCUUAAUGCAAAAAAUAAAAACUAUGCGCGAGAACCCCAACAAUGCUCGAAGCUCUUCGCCUAAAGCUUAUUCGCCGACUCCAGAACCAGGUCUUGCUGCUUCACCCUCAUCUGAAUCCCCACCUGAUUUGAUGAACGAUAAGUCCCGAAGACCUGGGUUUUUCGCUAGAACUUCUGGAGGAGGAAAGAACUCCCCAGCCAAGAAACCCACGAACCUGUCAACUUCAAGUUCUAAUUCCAAUUCCUUAACGAAUGUUCCCACUGUAUCGUUGACAAACACUCAGAAUGACGAUAUCUUUGAACAACAAGAAGAUUAUCAAGAAAUGGUUGUACCUUCUUCUGCUGGUAGUGGAUUUGUUCUGGUCGAAUCGCCCAGCUCUAAAGCUAGAGCCAUGAAAGCUUUGAAAAAAGAGCAAGAAAGUCAUCAUGAGCAUCACCACAAUCAUGUAAUUUCAUCUGUUCCAGCGAAUAGAACUAAAUAUCUUCCUAAACCACCUGUAGCUCCUGUCAUGCCUGAUUUCAACGAUAUCAUGCCUCCCCAAAGAAAGAAUUCACCACUUGAGGUACCUGAAGACACAGGUCUCAAAAGGAAGACUUCCAUGGUCAAGAAACUCAAAGAUAGGAUGGCGAAGUAA